GGGGUUGUUUUUGGAGAUGGUUUGGAUAGGAGUGGUUUCGCGAUGCUGUUAUGGAGUUGUGAGGAGCGGGGGUUUCUUCUGGGAUGGACAGAUAUAUUACUUCUUCUCCAUGAGCUACUGCUUCUCCAUGGGGUAGAUGCGACGGAGUAUUUCGCUUCCCUUGUUCUAUUUGCUUACGCACUUGUCACGUCCAAUCAUCACCCCUCACUCAGCACUCGCCUCACAAACUCGUUUACCUUCUAGCAGUCUUGAGGUCCAUCGACAAAGGGAACAAACCCCUAUAACCCUCUACCAUUCCACCGGAAACGGUGUGAUGUUUCCGGCCGUCCUGACGCUGGGCGCCAUUGAGAAGCUGUUGUUGGUGCACUGGGAGGGGAACAUGUCAGGAUGUCACAACGAGCCGAGGGCCCAGUCGGCAGACUACGUACAUAUGCCACCAACUUUUCCGCCGACCGGAUUUUAUCAUUUAAGGCCACAGCCAGCCUAAUUAUUUUGCGAAAAAUUCUUGGGCACUCGUUCGUUCAUUGUUGGGCCGAGUCCAGGACUCGUCUUUGUUCUCGGCCAGAGAACGGUCACACAAUUAAACCUCGGUCUUCAAAGCUUGAUCCCCACCAGUCUCUUCUACAUUUCUUGCUUGUCUCUAUAUGACACUAUAUUACGUUUCGCUGGGAAAUGCUCUUCCAAGGAGAACAGGAAGAAACCUAAGAAAAAAAAAAAGAAAAAAACGACAGGCAUGCACACUCUCGCCUCCACCUCCCUCACAGCUUCGAAUCCCUCUUCUUCCGCUCAUACACCAACACCUCGUAGCCCUUAACCUCGCCGCUCUUGAGGAUACGCCUCAGGAUCUUCCCGCUCGGCGACUUUGGGAUCUGGUCGACGAAGACGAUGCCCCCGAC